AUGAAUCACCAUAACUUCAUAAUAUUGUUUAGUUUGAUAUAAACUGUAUUUUGUGAACCAACAAGCUCUGAAAGAUGGGGAUACGGAUUUUUGGCAUCUUUUGCUGUAAGUAUGAUUGGAUUUGUUGUUUCUAUUUUGAUCAUAAUUUUAAAAAACUUUAGUAAAGGUGAAACAGCAAAAUAAGUAAUGAAAGUUUUAAUUGGAUUUGCUGUAGGUUCAUUAUUAGGUAAAAUUAAAUUAUAUCUUUAGGUGAUUCGUUUAUACAUUUAAUUCCUCAUUCAUUUAUAUCUCAUGAUCAUGGCCAUGAAGAAGAGGAUCAUGAUCAUGAAGAGGAAGAUCAUGAUCAUCAUAGAUUAUUGAAUGAAGAGGAAAUAAUUGAAGAAGAAGAAGAAGAUAUUUCAAAAGAAUUUCUAACAUCUAUGUUAUUAAUACUUGGAGUUCUAAGUUUUGUUAUAAUAGAAAAAUGUUUGGUUUUUUUAUAGGCUUAUUUUAUGAAUUCAAAAAAAGUUCAACCUGA